AUGAUAUCAAAUAGCUAAACUAAAUAUCAUGUUAAAUUUGAAGAUGGUACUAUUAAAGAAAUAGAAUGCGAACCUACUUAAAUAAAAAAAAUUAUAAGUAAAUCAUAUCAUCUGCCAUAUGAGAAUAUUAUAUUAAUUAAUACACAUAAUAAUAGAUUAUAUUCAGCAUCUAAUAGUUUUAUUCAAUUUCAAAAUAAAAGUAUAGAUUUGAAUGUUUUGGACAUUAAUUAGAUUUUAAAAGAAAACAUUAAUUCCAAAAAGAAAAUUAUUUAACUAUAAAAUAAUGAAGAUGAUUUACAAAAUGAAAUAGUUUAAUUAAAGGAAACAAGUAGAGAAAUUAUCACUUAAAUGUAGAAAAAUAAAGAUGAUAAUUAAUAUAUUAUUUAAUAAAAAGAUUAGAAUUUUCAAUAAUUUUAGAGGAUGGAACAAUAACAUAAAGAAAAAUUGACGGCUUAAUUAUAAUUGUAUGAAUAAAAGAUAGCAUAAAUUAAUAGAAAUAAAGAACAAUUAUAAUAAGAGAAUGAGAAUCUAUAGAGAAAACUAUAAGAGUAAAUAUAGAUUGCAUAAAAAUAAGAAAGGAACUUUAUAAAUGAGAAGUUUAUUUUAUAAUAAAAAGGGGAUAAUCAAUUAAAUUUCAAUCACUAAAUUUAUGAGUCUUAGAUACUUGCACUUUAAGUAGAUAUAACAAAUAUGAAACAAUAAAUAAAUAAAUAAAAUAAUUUGAUAUAACAAUUAAAAGAUGAAAUUGAAGAUAUAAAAGCAUUUUAUAAACAAUAAAUUUAGGAUUUAGAAACAGAAUAAAAAAACUUGGAAAAUCAUUACAAAUAAAAAAUAUACAAACUGGAAAAAGGAAUAAAUGAAAUUAAUUCAAGUAUAAAUUUCUCUGAUAACAAUUUAAAUUUCCAAAUUAAAAAUAUUUGUAAUGAAGCAAUUCGAGAAAUAGAUUAAUUUUAAUAAGAAAUGGAUAAUGAAGAGAAAAAUCGUAAUUUUUAAAUUUAAAUGAAAUUGAAGGAAGGAAAUAAUGAAUUAUAACUAAAGAUUUAAAAGUUAUAAUUAUAAAUUAAAAAUAUUUCAUCUUAAUUAAAAAUAGCAGAAACUGAUUUAGAUUAUUAAUAAAAAAAAUAUUAAGAAGAAAUUGAUAUACUGAAUGUUUAAUUAAAUAAAGCAAAAAAGGAUUUAGAUGAUAAAUAGGAUGAAGUCAAUUAAUAUGUAUUAACUAAUAAUCAAUUAUAAUCUGAAAAAUAAGAAUUAGAUUAGUAUAAUUAAGAAUAUGAACAUCGCAUACAAUAAUUAGAAUAGGCCAAAACUAAAUUGGAAAAUAAUAUAAAUGAAUUAGAAGAAAAAUAUAGAUUUAAACACAAUUAACAUUUAUUAUCAGAAUAAACAAUAAUUACAAAAAAUGGUGAGAUUAAUAUGUUGGAAUCUGUUAUUGAAAAAUAAAAAUAAUAAAUAAAUAAAAUGAAUUAAAAAAUUGGUAGACUUACAGAGAUAUUAAAAUAGAUUAGUAAUAAAAAUUUAGGAAAAGGAUUGGAGAAAGUUAUAUCUCCAGUAGGAUAACUAUUAAAUUCAAGAUAUGGAGUUCAAAAAUUUAAGGAUAAUCCAAAUUGUUAGAGUGAUGAAACUGAUUAUUUGGUUUAUAGAAUCAAACCAUCAAACAACUUUAUAUAGUCGAUAAGAAAAGGAUAAUUUAUAAAUUUGUAAUAGUUAUUAGAUGUAGACCCCAUAGGUGAGAUCAAAUCAUCAAGAAGUAUACAACCAAAUGAAGAAGGAGAUUUAAUGAAGGUUUAUAUUAUAAAAGUAGAAGAUACAUAAAUUAAAGAACUAAGAAAUCGAUAUUUAAUAAGAAAAGAUUUAUAAAAAGGAUAAAAUUAUGAUAAUAAAAUAGAUGCAGCAGCACUUAGUUUAAAUAAUAUACUUACAUAAGUAUUUAUGGAUCAAUUUGUAAAAGAUUUGUCUGAAUUAUCAAUAAGAGUAUUAUAGUUUUCUAUUGCUCCUUAAUAUGUAAUCUAAUAAAAAGGUAAUUAAUUAGUUAAAUUUAGGAAAGGAAUUAUAUUAUUAUUGUGAAGAGAUAAUUGAAAAUAAUAUCAAAUAAAUAAAUGGAGGAGAGUAAGAUCUUGGAAGUAGUUAAGAUGAAUAAUUUUUAAACUCUUUUUCUAAAUAUUCACAUAAAUUGAGUCAAUCAGAAUUAGUUAUUAGCUAUAUAAAUACUGUAUAGGAAUAUAUGUAUGAUAUGAUUGUUACAACUGAAUUUGGUUGUUUUUCUGAAAUUGAUUAAGGAAAAGAUGAAUAUAUAAGGGCUAUAGAUGCUAUGGAAUCAGCAUAAGCAAUUAAUUUUGGAGAGUUCUAUAAUUAAAAAUUGGAAUUGAAAGCUUUAGAAUUUAUUUAAUGA